AGAGAAUAAGUAUGACAUCCAUUAGUUCAGCGCUCACAGUCGAACAGGUUGACGCCUACUUCGAGCGCAUCCAAUUACCGAAAGCAUACCGUCGCGAUCAGCAUCCCGCAUUGGAUCUCUCUUUCUUGUCCAGGCUUCAAGGCUAUCAUGUUACAGCAAUCCCUUAUGAAAACUUAUCCCUUCAUUAUGCUAAGGACGUGAAGGUUUCACUGGAUGUAGCAGAGCUACACAAAAAGCUUGUCCUUAGACGUCGCGGUGGUUACUGUAUGGAAAACAAUAUAUUGUUCCACCAUGUCCUUCUGUUUCUAGGAUUUGAGGGCUACCUCGCCGGUGCACGGCUCUUUCGAGUUGGAGACGGGAAAUCAGCGGGCUGGUCCGGCUGGGAGCAUUCUGUGAAUAUCGUCACCCUCGACCAGCAAAAAUACCUGGUCGACGUGGGAUAUGGAGGGAAUGGUCCUAGAUCUCCUUUACCAUUGGUCAAGGGAUCUAUUCAUAAGAAUAUUGGAACCCAGACUAUGCGGCUGGUGUACGAACCUCUACCCGGGUCUCGCCAACGCCAGUGGAUUUAUCAGACCCGCAACGCGGAAGACCAGCCGUGGAUACAUAACUAUACUUUCACAGAAAUAGAAUUCUUCCAGCGUGAUUUCGAAGUAAUGAGUUUCUUCACAAGUUGCCACUCAGACUGCUUCCUCACGACACAUUUGUUGGUGGUUAAGUAUCUUCGUGAAGGAGAUGAGGUCUACGGGAAGAUUGUCUUGGAUGAUGACAAAGUCAAGAAGAAUCAAGGUGGGAAGAACGUGCUGGUCCAAAUGUGCAUGACCGAGAGGGAACGAGUUAAGGCUUUGAAGGAUCAGUUUGGGAUUGAGCUGACCGAGGAAGAACAAAAAGGGAUCCAAGGAAGGAUGUCGGCACUGGCGAUUCGCGAUUGUUGAAAGAUAGUCACAUAGAGAUAUAGGUAUUAUAUGAAGAUAGGUUCAGAAUGUCAUCUAUUUCAAUAGAGUAUAAUCCUUGAGGACAUACUGAUUUCCAACUCCUAUAGCAACUUACUAAGCAAAGAGUAGCAGUUAACUAUGCAAAUAGAAAGGAUAAG